GCUCUCCGCCUGAGGGUGAUUUUUUUCUCUCGGCGCGUGGCUGAACGGCGGCUACGUCUGCCGGUUUUCAAUUCAGCGUGGUUAGUUUCUGACCUGUGGAGAAAGAAGUUACAAGACACUGUCAAAAAAUGUUCGGGUAUACGUGUAAAAUAGGUCGUGCUCUAUUAGUUGCUCGAGCCGUUGUGAUCUCCGGUCGUCAUUCGAAGAGGUUCUAUCCAGCCAAGAAGAAACGGUUUUACAAAGAAGUCAGCAUAGUCCGAUCUGGGGAUCAAUUCGAGGUCUGCCUCGACCAGAGGAAGCUCAAAACGCCCCUGGGAAAACUGCUGCUCGUUCCAAACGAGGCGUUGGCGGUUGCUGUCGCAACAGAAUGGGAUUGCCAGCAGACAGAAAUCAACCCCAACGAAAUGCACCUGACUGGCCUUUGCAACACGGUCGUGGACAACCCUUCCAAAAAGACAAAGGAAGAUACUGCGUCCGAUAUACUGGAGUUCCUGGAAUCGGACACUCUUUGCUAUCGAAUGCAGGAGCCUGACGAGCUUGUCACCUUGCAAAAGGAGAAGUGGGAUCCCUUAUUGCGAUGGUACGAAGAAAGGUUCAAUGUGAAGCUGGAGGCAAAGAGCGACCUGGCGGUGUCAACGCUACCUCAAGAAGUGUGCGAUGUUGCUUUCAAGCACCUGAUGUCGUAUUCAUUGUGGGGGCUGACAGGCAUUCAAUACGGCGCGGAAAGCCUCAAGUCUUUGAUCCUUUUCCAAGCGGCGUUGGCGCAGCACCUCAGUGUGGAACAAGCCGUCAUGCUGGGAAGGCUGGAGAGUGAGUUUCAGACGAGUCGCUGGGGCAGAGUGGAGUGGGCCCACGACCUUGACCGAGAGCAAGUUCUGAGCCGAGUAGCAGCAGCAGUGCUCUUUGUGCAGCUUACGUCCGAGUCGUCCAGCAUCGUUUCCAAGUCGAGCGCCGCAAAACCAGCUCAUCAGUCAUCCGCAGGCUCGGAGAGGUGAAUGGCCAACAGCACAAUAGGUUCUCCUUCGCCGACUUCAAGUGGUUCUUCGUAGUGGUGCGUGAACUUGUUGAAUAGAUGUACGUGCUGUCUGCUGCGAAAGUUCCCGAGCCAAAGUGUUCGCAACCAGUUUGGACAUUCUGCCGUGCGUAGGCAUCGCGAUCGGCGGUUGAUUGAUUGGCUGAUGGCGUGUCUCAAAGGAACACUCGGGCAGAAGGAAGAUGCCAUAGGCUUCGGAUUAACUUUGACCUCCCAAAGGUCCCCAGAGUGCAUUCAGAGCAAUGCACACGAGCGUUCUUGCACCCCGAACAAGCCAGAAUGUUGCUGGGAAUCAAAGAGUCACAACCUUUUUCUUAAGCAGAAGGUUGUAGCCCUUGAAGCAGGUGUGCUUUCAGGUAAUGGCCCAGUUAGUGCCUGCUCUAUAUUACUAUUAGCAUUAAUUCAAAGGUGACAAGGUUGAAAACGACUACAGAAUGGGUUGUUGGAUUUCCAAGUUUGUCUGCAUUUGUGAGAGGCCUAAUUCAGGCUCCAAAGCGUGCAUUUGGAACACUACUCCGCUCCAUACGUAGCAGGCAACGCAGUGAAAGCUACGCUCAUAGUGCGGUGAUAGAAGUCCUGCUCUACGUGUUUCCCAGUGCAGUUGUUUCUUGAUGUGCGAUGCUUCAAACGAAAUAAGUACUUCAUACAUUGAAGAUGCAACUUGUCGAUGCAAGGUUAUGCCAAGGCACAUGUUAUUUGUGCAGUUUUGCGCUUUUAUAAUGCGACGGUUAUGUUCGGCUGCAUAACUGCGACCCUGGGCUGCGGCCACGGGUCACAGAAACAUGUCGCUCAGUGUUUAAUAGUUUCAUAUCUGUGAUGCCUGCCAGGUAAUAAUGAAGUCAUAGUUUACUAUUUAAAAUUGUGACACUUACUGUUAUAUCGAAGUGUAUGAUGCAUACCCAUCUUUAUCCUUCAUGUGACACACUGUUUCUUGGUAGAGAAUUCGAGCAGUGAGAGAAGUCUAGCCUUUGUUAGCAUUGCCUGCUGUGUACAAGACGAAGUACAAGCAACCGGCUGCAGAGUGAUUGCAUGUCUAACUCCUGUGGAAUUGAGUGCGACAGUGUCAUGAUCAAUAUUUACUGUUGCGUUUCAAUUGAUUCUUAUGAUGGUUGAUCCUAGGUCCCUAGGGACAUCUCUACCUUAAAAUCGUUCAAGCAAUAGCUACACAGCUACGUAGCACAGUGUUCCGAGCUUGGUAGCAAGUGAUUCGGCCUGGGAACUUUUGCAACAGCAUGUUGUCUUGCAAACUUUAGGUUGCAAGAAGAAACAAGAAAUGAAUGAGUGGCCAUUGAAGCCACACAAUGUAAUCGUUGGUGACCCCGAAAAUAAUGAAAGUUUGUGACAGAUGCAGCAUCACGAGUCUCUUUGUUUGAAUUGUCACUGGUAAUCAUGACUGAUCGAUAAAAUUAUUGAAAAAGAGGUUGCAUCCAGCAUGAAAAUACCUUCAUUAUGUCCAGUAUUUGUUAUAAGCAUAUAUCCGUUACAUGGUGAUAGGUUCGUACAAUUUGCCUGCACCAUCUGAACCAGUUCAUCAGGUGCUACACCCUGCCAUUAGUUUCGGCGGUGCAGCAAUGGCACCCUCUGAACAACAUUGUUUGUUCCAAAUGGUGCAGGAGAGGUGCACGGCUAGUUCACAAUUUCGCUGCACCCUCCCAGCUGACUGUGCCGACUUGGUGCAGACGUGCAAGUGCAAAGCAGCAAUGUAGCAGACGACGCAGCACGCACGCUUAUGCGUGUCUGCUGUAUCUGUGUAACGCGGGGCGUGUCGUUUACAUUUGUUUUUGUGUACGUGUAUACGAGCACGUAGUGUAUUUACCAUAGCCCCCAAUUCAGCUGUUUGUGCUGAUGAAUGUGAUGCUAUUUCGGAUUAAACAACAUAUCUGUUA